GGAGCUGGGCUUGUCUCAGAAGCCUGUGACUGUUCGAGUCACAUAGGAAACUGCACCAGCUCUGGCAGAGAAAUGGGGACACCUUGGUGUGUGUGGCUCACUCUUCUCCUUUUCUACAAAGCCGGCACGAUGGAGCUGAGCGGGAUUCUGGGAGGGUCGGUCACUUUCCCUCUGGAGAUCCCAGCAGCAGAGCAAUUCGAGAUCGCUGCCUGGACUGUAAACACAAACAGUCUAGUAACUGUAACACCAGGGAAACCACCCAAUGUCCUUCUGAUAGACAAAACAAAUUACCGCGGACGCCUGGGAAUCCUUGACCAGAGCUACUCUCUACAGAUCACCCACCUGCGGAUGGAGGACACGGGACAAUACAGAGCGGCCGUAAACACGGAUAAAGGCUCUGUUACCAAGCGCUUCACACUGCGUGUGUACAAGCCAGUACCGGAGCCAGCUGUCGUCUGUGACUCAGUGACCUGUGUGAGUGAAACCUGUAACUACAACCUGAGCUGCACUGUCAGGGAUGGAGGGGAGCAUGUGACCUACAGCUGGACUCACACAGCAGGGGGCGCUGUUGUACCCAAUGAGUCCAUUCUGCACAUCUCUCUGAGCCCCCGUGAUGCUCACCUGGCCGUCACCUGCACAGCCCAGAACCCCGUCAGUAACAGCUCCAGGACAGAGUUUCCAAAGACCAUUUGCAAAGCACCCACAACAACCACCACCACUGCAAACCCACAUCACUUCCAACCUGCCAAUACAGCUGCAAUUGCAGUUCCAAUUGUUAUUGUCAUCGUCGGCUUUUCCAGCGUUGCUCUGUGGCGCAAAACAGCCUCGCAAAAGCCUCGCAAAAGGACUUCAGGACCUGCUAGCAGCGCAGAGGCCGAUCCAGAAAAAAACACGGUUUACGCCCAAGUCGGCAAUUUGCCACUGCCUCACAGUAGAACGGGGACUCCGAAAGCGAGCCUGGAGACCAAGAAGGAUGAGACAAAAACUAUCUAUUCCAAGGUCCAUUACCCAAACGAGUCGCCUCCGCAAACGGAUGAUGAGAAGUUGUCCAAGGACGGCCUGGAGUCCACGGAGAAGAGCGAGAGAACCAUUUAUGCCACAGUCAACCAGCCAACCCAGACAAAGCCCGCCAAGUCCACAGAUGCUGAUGAUUCUGCGGUCACUCCAAAACCUCAAGGGCCAUCAGAAUACGACAAGAUCAUCUAAUAGCUUGUCAAGGCAACACAAACAUGCAGCGAGAAUCAAGGAAUAAUUCAGUACUCCAGCAUCAGACACCCAAACAGCAGAGGAUCAAUGCGUAUAAUUUGUACAGCGCCAUGCACCAUAGGGUCCUUGUCCCUGACUGGGCUCCCAUCCGCUACUGCAAUUGUAAUUUGGACAGACCCCGGUCCUUGGCGGGCUUAAAGCAUGAGCCGCUACCUCAUGAACUAAAAGCCAACUGCGUGUUAGCUAAGGCGACAGAGCAGACUCAUUAACGGUUCUCUCUCUAAGUGGUUUCAGUGCUGCUAGAUGGGACAGACCACACCCAGGCAGUGUGUGGUUACACAAUGCAAAUCAAAACAACAAACAAGGCAUGUAGCGUGAAAUUCACCUCCGUGCUUGCCCCUUACCCAAGAGCUUUGCCCCCCUUAAAACACUCUUCAUCUUUAAGGCUGAGGUAAAGUAUCUCUAGACCUUGGUGACAAACACAGGAUCAAAACUCGGUAUUAGUGUACAUAGGUCAGGCGCAUAAUCUUUUUUGCUGCUGAAUUUUCUAGGUUCCCCCAUCAAGGGAAAAAAAUGAAGUCUUGAUUCUCUGUUACAUUACGGCCCCUUGACAGUGCUCUGGCAGUGUUCAGACGCCUUAAAAAGGAGCUACCCCCCACUUUCAGGUACCUGGAACCUGUCAGGCCUGUGUAAAAUGAUCUGCAAAGCGGUGAGACCUGGGCCCUAAGUAUCUAUAACUUGGGCAAAUCCAAAGCACUUUUCUUUCACUGGAUGGCAUCUCUCGUUGCCCAGCGACACGCCAAUGAUCCGCUCCAAACAGCCAGCGCUGGUCAAACAAAUAAAUGAUCGAGUUUACUCCCGCCCUACCUCAUAUCGUCCUAUUCAAAAAUGAAGGAACUUUUUUUGCACAGGGAUUCCAUAUAAACAUGCCUCAGCAGGCAGAGAGUAGCCCCGGAAAAGUUUCAGUCUUGAGGGUAAGCAGGGGUGUCACAGCCGUGUCGGUUCCAGGAUAUUACAGAGACAAGGUGGGUCAGGUCAUAUCUUGAAGGGGAAC